AAGUCUGCAAUGAGGUGGCCGCACAACUUCUGCACCGACACCAACAAACGACCUCAGGAGCGGCCAGGUGAAGAGGCAGAACAGAGGGAAACCCGGAACAGACUGUUUAACUCUCGCAUGUUUCGCAAAGUUCAGUGAUAUUUUAAUAAGUGGCUCAAAGAAAAGUGUCAAUUAAGGAUUUGCUCACUUUUCAGUUUGGCGACUUGUUGCUCAGAACGGUGUGGAUGGUGGGAAGAUGACGGUCACAUAACGUGUUUGGGUCAAUUCGCUGAGCUUCUCUGUCAGUAACUUAUGAAUGAAGAGUCUCUAACCCGGACUGACACACUCCGGCGCCCGGGAGCUGAAGCCCACAGGACGCAGGGAACCGUGAACCCCAGCGGCUUGUCGGGAUGGUGUGCCUGCUGAACUGCCUACUGCUGGGAUAUCUGACCUGGAAUCUGCGGAUAUCGGACGCACAGGGGGAAUACUGCCACGGCUGGCUGGACGCUAAUGGGAAUUAUCAUGAUGGCUUCCAGUGUCCGGAGGACUUUGACACCAUGGACGCCACCGUGUGCUGCGGAUCCUGCUCGCUGCGCUACUGCUGCGCGGCCGCGGACGCACGGCUGGACCAGGGCAGCUGCACCAACGACCGGGAGGUGGACAACACAGAGUUUGCAGCGCAGCCCAUCUACGUGCCCUUCCUGAUGGUUGGAAGCAUCUUUGUUGCCUUCGUCGUGGUCGGUUCCCUGGUGGCUGUCUACUGCUGCACCUGCCUGCGGCCCAAGCAGCCGACCCAGCAGCCCAUUCGCUUCUCCCUGCGCAGCUGCCAGGGCGAAACCAUCCCUAUGAUCCUCACCACCGCUCCCCCGAGCCUCCGCUCCCCGUCGCGACAGUCCAGCACAGCCACCACCAGCUCCAGCUCGGCCGGAGGCGGCAGCUCCAUGCGAAGGUUUUCUCUUGGAGGUCAGGGGCAGCAGCACGGCUGCCUGGUGUCUGCCACCAUUUCCUCCUCAGCCUCCACCCCCACCCAGACCCCUCAGACUCUGCCCCCGCCUCCACCUCCACCCUACACAUCCCCACCAGUAUCAAUGUCAGGAGGAAUCCAACACCCCUCCACCCAUGCCCAGCUACAGCUCCACCAGCCCUCCAUGGCCUCUCACCACUCUCAGAGCGCCGGGUUCCUUCUCCCACAGCAGUACUUCUUCCCCCUGCAGGCCGACGCCUUCACAGCGGCCAAGGGCUUCACCGACUUCGGACAGAGCUGACGAGGAAAUGGAGGGAUUACAAGAUUUUUAGAUGGCAGGAUGUGAGCCCGCGAGGACAUACCUACUGCAACAAAAGCUGGUGGUGUUUGGGUGGAAGGGCUGGGUCAGAUGAACGGACACAGGGAGUGCGACAGGAGGACGAGGGAUAACAAAGCAGCGAGGCCUGAUGCGUUUCCCUCUCUGCAUCACAGGGCACAUCAGCAGACCUGUUAGAGGCAGAAAUAGUUAUGAAUCUUGUGCACUUUUAUCUGAUAUUGUAAACACACCUCAUUGGCCAACAUUUAUUUUUUAUACAUGUUGUUUUUCAAAGUGAAAGCUUACAGAACAGACUAAAGUCUUGCCAAUUUAUCACACACCUUCCUUAAAACGAAAAAACAGAAAUACAGUAGAGGCAGAUGGCACUGAAACUGUCACUCUGAGACUCUGAGCAUUGUUACAUUAUUAGAAAUAGAUGUUGGAAACCAGGGAAAUAUUGUGUUUUUUGACAAUCGCAAGGACCUUUGAAAGAGGACACAAAGGACAUUUUAUGUUGGAGGAAACUGACUUUUAUAAGAUGAUGUACAGGCAUUAUACUCACAGCAGGGUUGUCAGAUUGAUUCCCUAAUUUACAGUAAAUAAAAUGUUGUCUCUACCUAC